GGGAAAAGUUUGACAGUACGUAAUUGCAAUGGCCGAUUGAGCACGUUGUUCGUUGUUGUCUGGUAGCUGACCUAAUUACUCGUUUGUUUGCUAAUAUUCCUUGCAGUGGGAUUACAAAAAUAAAUAUGCCUUGUCAUAACCAACAGAUUAGUAGUAGUAGUAAUUCAGAUCACGCUGUCAUGAAGCAGGUGAGGUUUGCUAACAAUGGUAACGUUAAUGCGAAUAACAUUUCAUUAAGCGCGCAUACAGACAACGAGGUAGAUACAAAACUUAACGGUAGUGAAGUUAAUGAAGACCUGCAGAUACAGCUUGGACCGCAGUUGAAACUUCUACCUUUGAAUGACCAAAUUCGGGAACUGCAGACCAUCAUAAGAGACAAAUCAACCAGCAGAGGAGACUUUGUGUUUUGCGCUGACCGCUUGAUUCGACUUGUGGUCGAAGAAGGACUCAAUCAACUCCCCUACACAGAGUGCUCAGUAACCACACCAACGGGGCACAAGUAUGAGGGAGUGAAAUUUGAGAGAGGCAACUGUGGAGUUAGCAUAAUGAGGAGCGGGGAGGCCAUGGAGCAGGGCCUGAGGGAUUGCUGCCGCUCCAUCCGCAUCGGGAAGAUCCUGAUCCAGAGUGAUGAGGAGACACAGAAGGCCAAAGUAUACUACGCCAAGUUCCCACCCGACAUCUACAGACGCAAAGUCCUGCUCAUGUACCCUAUCCUGAGCACCGGAAAUACAGUGAUCGAAGCCGUGAGGGUCUUGAUUGAGCACAGUGUCCUGCCCAGACACAUCAUCCUCCUCAGCCUCUUCUCCACUCCUCAUGGGGCUAAGUCUAUCAUUCAGGAGUUCCCAGACAUCACCAUACUCACUACAGAGGUGCACCCUGUUGCCCCCACCCAUUUUGGGCAGAGAUACUUUGGUACAGACUAAAUCCCACCACCACCACCACCACCACCUCAAAAGCUCAAGCAAGAAACCUGUGGGUGUGUGUGUGUGUGUGUUUUGGUCGUCUCUCUUCGAGGAGCAUGCAUCUCCAUACAUGUCAUACAUCUCAAAAACAUUUCAUGGGUACAUUUCCCACUGGUUUUGGCCCAGUCCCAAACUCAAACUUGAUCCUAAACUAGUAUGCCUCGAGCGGAGAGUACUCUGGUGCUGGGCUGUGUAGUCAUGAUUUCUGAGUUUACCAGAUAAUGGGUUUUUACUCUCGGCAGUUAUCUAUAAAACUUGAAUCCUGUUUUGAAGAAUACCCAGCAGGACAACGCUUAAAACACUAUUACAAAAAUUGGAACUGUCUCUUCAAAGCCUGAUUUGUAGGAAAAAUACGGUUUUGGAGUGGGUUGUGGAUCAAGUAGAUAUUGCUGUUUUAUUUAUUGGUUAUUAUUCUGUAUGAAGGGAUUGUUAGCUUUUCUUUUUUGUCCAUUUGAAACGUACUUGGCCAUAUCUGUGUGUAACAGUCACCAUAAUGCAAAGCACGUGGCCAGCCUAAUUUUCUUUCUAGACAAAAGGACACUUUUAAUGCAAGAUUAAAUCUCCAUUACUUUGGGUAGGCAAAUUAAAUGGCCUGUUUAUCCAGAAGGACCGCAUUGUUGGAUUCUGUGGCUUGUGUGUGUGUGUGUGUGUGUGGAUGUGUUUCAUAACUGACAUAGCUACAUAGGUUUGUGUAUGUAGAAACGAGUGUCAGUCCAGAAAGACGCAAUGACACAUGAAAAAAGCUACCAGUCAUUUUUAAUGGGGUUCCUGCAGAUGGACCACCAACUGUGCCAAAAGAGCUUGUAGGUGACAGUCGAAGUUUGAGAUGAUUUUAUUUCUUUUCCUUUUGUCAGAAAGAAAUGACAGAAAAUGUCUGAAAUUCAUGUUGAUGUAUGCUCCUUAUGUUGUCUCCAUGUUUAAUUUUCUUUUUGGGAGUGGGGGAUGAGUAUUGCAAAUGGUCGUUUAUUUUUUAUAAAUUGCAGUUUGUUGUUAAAAGUUCCCCAGUGAAGCUCAGUGGAGAGAUGAGACUGAUAGGGACUGAUCUUUCCCAACUAGUGCCUGCUCUGCUGCAGCAACGUGAAACAGAUUUUGCGUGUUUGUGUAUCUUGUGAUGUGAGUACGGCACAAUAGUGGAAACCAACAGGAAAUACAGAAGCAUACAAACAGUACUGUCAAUAUAAAGGGGUCAGAAUACACAAAUGAUAUGUUUAAAUGUGAAAAUAAUGAAAAUAAAAGUUGAUAAAGAUAUUA